GUGGCAUCAGUAGUUUAUUUUUAAGAUUUUCCUAUGUAAGCAUUUGGAGGAAGCUCCCAAACUUGAUGAGCAGAAUAGGAUCAAUGCUCUCAAUGUGAGUCAGCGUACUCCUUAGAGGAAUAUUAUUAGAUUUAUUCCAGCCUACCGAACAAGCUUGUGAUUUUACUCCUCUCUGUGAAACUCUAAAAUUCUCUUAAGGAGUACUCAUAGUCUAUCCCAUUAGGUUGUCUCGUAGGUUAUUCUUAGGUUUUUUUUUUUCUCUCUGUCAUAAGUUAUGAAUUCCAGUCCCUUAUCUAAUCUCGAAUUCCCAUCCGUAGAUUACGGAGAAUUAGAAAACUUUGCAGGAAUUCGAGAUAACUGUAGUAAAAAUGGGAUUCCGUGCCAGCAUAUUUUUCAUAACGAGGGUAGUAACCCGAGCAAUAAGACUCUUCAAGAUCAGCUUAACUACGCCAAUUGUCUACUCAGAUUCCUUCAGGCCCGUACCACAAACAUCCAAACUAGUCAUACCCUGAUAUAUCCAUAUCUGGAAAGACUAAUAGCACACAGCAAUCAAAUUCCAGCUCUUGAGUCAAGAAUCUCUGCUUUAGAUGAUAAGCUUGAAUCCCUUCCUGAUAUUGAGAAAAAGCUUGAUAAAAUUCCAGCUCUUAGGUCAAGAAUCGCUGAUUUAGAAGAUAAGCUUCAACGCUUUCAUGAGAUUGAGAAUAAGCUAGAUAAAGUUCUUGGAAAACUUGAGCUCCUCAUCAAUAAGCCAGAACACCCAAUGCCAACACCACCAAAGCCAAACGACGAUGGCGUCCCCAUUGAACCCAAACCAGAUCGGUAUGUACGCUCACCCAAUCUAGUUGGAAGAAUCAGUUGGACUACUGCAAACUGAGCGGUAAAGUCCGCGCAAACAAAACUCUAAGUAUGUGUCGUGUGGGUAAAAUAAAUGUAUCUACCUUUCAAUGACCAUGUGUUAUAAAUGGUUAUACUGGUAGCCGUUAUGUAUUUCUUUUCAGUCAUUUAUGUUUCCGUAUUGAGCUGUCCACUCAAUACGCGUUUUGUAAGCCUGCAUUAAGAAGAAAACUCUUCGUAUGAUUGUUUAGUUUAGCUCAUACUCUGAAGCUCUGUAAUUUAUUUGCGAACCGAAAGGUUUAGCCUCUGCAAAAUGAAAUUGGUAUGGGCUGUGCUAUUUUUUUUC